UGUAGUGCGACGACGAUAUUUACGAUAUCAACAUCGCCAGGUUACCAGUAAAUAUGUCUGGAAGAAAACGACUGAAUCGUUUCACCGGUAGCGUGAAACAAGCCCCACAUUUCAAUCCAGAUAAAGAUGCCGGAACUUUACAUUCAAACUUACGAGGAAUCGGUAACGAUGAAGCGAGUGUCAUUUCAAUUUUAUCUUCGAGAACCAACGCUCAACGGCAAGAAGUUGCCAGAAGUUACUUCAGUGCUUAUGAAAGGAAUCUCAUACAAGACUUGAAGAUUCAUUCAAAGGGCGAUUUUCAGACUAUUUUGCUUGCGCUAUUCCAUCCACCGCGUGUAUACGAUGCCACAUGCUUGAACAAAGCAAUUAAAGGACUGAUAAAAGAUCCGAAGGCCAUGACUGAAAUACUAAUGACAAGGACUCCAGAAGAAAUUAAGAAGAUAAAAGAAAUAUAUCUGGAAAAAUUUAGUCGUGAACUCACUAAAGAUAUCGAAGAGGAUUGCUCCGGAGAGUUUCGAAAAUUUUUGCUCACUUUAGCUACGACUGAACGUGAAGAUUUCCAAGCAGUAUCAGCAGAAAAGGCAAAGCUUGAUGCAACUUCACUGCAAAAUGCAGUCAAAAAACAUGGCGAAGAAAUGUCAGCAACGUUUAUUUCAAUUUUCUGCUCGAGAAGUUUUGCACAACUAAAUGCAGCAUUUUACGAUUAUAAAAAGCUUGCAGGUCGUGAUAUCACGAAAACCAUAACCUCGGAGUUCUCGACCGAUCUGAAGGAUGGCUUGAAAGCAAUUUGUGAAGUUGCAACCUAUCCGCCUGAUUAUUUUGCGGACAGACUCUAUCGAUCUAUGAAAGGGGCUGGAACUGACGAUAAAACAUUGAUUCGUGUAGUUGUAACACGAUCAGAGAUUGACAUGAUUGACAUCAAGAAAUCUUUUGCGGAAAAGCACGGGAAAUCACUAGAAAAAUACAUCGAAGGAGACACGAGUGGGUCUUAUAAAAAGCUUCUUCUUGCCCUUGUGUAUGACUGAAGCUAUCAUAUCUAUUAAUUUCAGCUGCUUAAGAGCAGCUCAGUUUCUUCACUUGCACAAAAAAAAUUUGCGGCUUGUUUGUCGUGUACUCACUUUGUUUGUGUAUCUUUAGUUAGAAAAUAAGUGUAUGCCUGACUUAUAAGUAUAGCUGUGAUCUUAUUCUAUAUGGAUUAACGCGGGAAACCAUUUUCUGUUUGUCAGAUACAAUUAUAUCUUUCUAAUCUACUUAUUUGAUUGAAAUAUGCACAGUUUCCUAUCAAUGUCGUUUGCCUAAAGUAUUGAAUUAACCACUUUUGCCCUGCUCAAUACUUUCUAAUACCGAGUGAAAGUAUGAUAUGUAAAGGCCAUUCAAUACUACUGUUCGAGUUGGUUUUAUUUUAUUGUAAUUUUUGAAAACAUUUCGAAAAUGUGCCUUAGUAUUUAGGUUCAAAACAGAGAUUCGAAGUGAUGUAUGUAUAUGUGCUCGGUAUCGGCGAAUAAGACGAUUCUGGCAAGCGAUAAUAUCCAAAUCACUAAAUUCAAAUUGCUGACUUCAAAUUAUAGAAAACUGAUGGGUUUUAAUUAAAAGUUGGUUACGUUUAUCCACACUCGUUUUAUGAGGUGGGUGUAAGUAAGUUGUGAUUUAAACUGGUUUAAAUACCGGUAGUUAAGUGUUAGCGUUUGAAUAUAAACGACAAUGAAACCUAACUUUUAGAUCAAUUUGCCAAUACUCCAUACUCGGCUUACAUUACAGAAAUAAACAAAUGUUCGAUGGCUUAAUUCUUUUCCGUUUAGUUUUUGAUUUACUAAACUAAACUGUAUAAAGUUCAAAGAUAUAACAUAUUCGUAUUAUAUUACGUAGAUUCUAUUCUCUGCAGAAUUAUCAUUUUAGAAUCACAAAACAGUCUAGUAUUCUAGUUCAUGUUCACAAAAAUAAAUUUGCAUGGUAUUUGUGCAUUUGUAUUUUUAUUCGCGAUGGUUGAGCUUAUCAAUAUGAAACACCGCUGAGCAGGAUGCCCUUUUUGAAUCGGGCAAGUGUAAGUGUCAAAUCGAAUAGACAAUAGAGUGUCAACUUAUUGACCAUUAUUAGACGUCGCUAAUUUCACCAGACAGGUUAUAGAUAGGUGGGUAAUCAAUCAAUACUGCGAAUACUGGUUCUCAGGAAGCCUUGAGUAGUACUAUAUUAUGUAAAAAAAACUUUGAAGCGUAAUAUAAGAAAAUGCAUUAAUUAUGCAUAAAUUAUAUAUGUUGUCCGAGUACAUACCUCUGCGAUGUGACAAAACUUCAGAACAGCAUUGGAAUUGCCUUCAAAGCAAAUGCAAACAUAAGGAUGGCUGCAGCAACCCAUUCAAGCGAAGUAGCAAACCGAUAGUUUUUAUUUAUGUGGAACAAUAUUGUUCUAAGAUGGGAUUUUAUUUCUAAACGAAGGAAUUAUAAUAAGAAACUUUGGUGCAGACAUUUCCAGAAGCAAUACUGCUUCUAAAUUUGGCAAGUUCACUUGAAAUGAGAAAUUCAUUUCAUAUUUUUCUUUCAAAUCUUUGUCACUAUCAAAACCGUUUUGAAACACCUUGUUGUGACAAAUUUGCAUACUACAACUAGAGGAUUGAACAAAAAACAAUAUAUCGUGUUAUUGCCAGGGGGACACCACUCCUUCUACAGGUCGAUCGGCAGCCUGCAAGCAGUCAAGCAGUCAAUCUCUUCUAAUGCCGUUGAUUUUGGAGAAAAAAUCAUACAUCCCUCGCUGUCAGUAGACUCGUCCACCAUUGAUGAUAUUAGCCCAACUGUAGAAGCUUGACGGGAUGUGACCUUAUGCACCUUGCUUGCUACACGAAGACGAAGGGCGCUGAACCGUGCGCCAAUAUUUUCCAGUCUAAACGCUCUAGUCUAUCCCAAUACAGCAAUAUUUGUCUAUGUUCGGUCCAGACAAUCCUCUCCAAAUUAUCCCGUCUUAUAACUGAGAUAAGCAAACUGAAGUCCACAAGCCCACAAUACGCAACUUUAAACACAGGAGAAUUGUAAUGUGUCGUGAAAUUAUCAAGCACCUGCUCAUCACAAAAUAUAUAAUCUAGAUGUCAGAUGGAGCCAAAUAGAUUACGGAAACAGAUGACGAAUACAGAUAGAGAUGAGAUAGAGAUAGAGAGGUUUUCUAAA